AUGAAGAUGAAAAAACAUUGUAGACUUUGGUGGCCAAGGCAGCUCUUAUCAAACCAAGAAUCCUCCUCCAGUAUUUUAUUGGGGUGGUUUGUCACCUGCUCACCGUCAUCCCUUGACAUUGUUGUAGCCUUUACUUGUAGUGAGGUUUUGCUUUCAAGUUCUACUCCUGCCAUUGAGGGGAUCAUUCAUGACAUACAUGGGAGCAUGCCCGCAAUUCUUCAGGAUAGGUCUGUGUUUUCUGUACUUGGUCUGUGUAUUACUGACAGUACUAGCAAUAGUUUGACAGCUGAAGCAAAAGCUGAUAAAAAAAAGUUCUCUGGUUGUGGCAAUGGAUCGGCAGAGGGAAGUACAAGUGUACACAGAAAUAAUAACUGUAGGAGUUGCAGUUUCCUCCAAUUAGAUGGGUCAUUGAGGAAAAGUACCCAAUCUUUUAUUGGAAAAAGUAAUUGGGUCGUGCUGAUGUUUGAUUCUUCUGAACAGAAUGAUGUAGGAAUUUACAGGCUUCCUAAAUUGCACCACAUUCAUUGCAAUGGACUAACUCUGUCAGAAUAUGAUGUUCACGUAAUAGUUUAUGAAACACCUUCUUAUGGUGCUCAUCAUUUCUCAUUGUGUCAUUUUGGUUCAACUGAGCAAGCCAAAGGUCCCAUUAAGAAUCCUAAGUGGGUUGAUGGGCUUCAUAAAAAGCAGAAAAUCACUGAUUUGGAUACAGUUAUUCUGGCAAUUAAUUGCACAUCUGCUGCUAAAAGAAUAUUUGACAGACAUGUGGUCCCAAGAAGAUCCUUGGGCCAAGUAUCCCUAUUUCCAAUGUUUUUGGUUCUCAUAGGGCAUCUGUUUUGCAAGUUUUUGGCUUCGUUCUCCACCAUGUUCUAUAUUGUUCUUCAGUUUUUCCAAUCACAUUUUAAUCAUGAAUCAGAAUCAUGGUUGUAUGUGACAUCAGAAAAUGUAUUCAAGAAGACGGCAUGGAUAAAUAUCCGAAUCCGUUGUUGUCAGAUAUUGUAUUGGCCAAUUCUUCUUCAGGAGAAUGACCAUAGGUCUCAAACAUGUGUUGAAUAUGCAGAGAAAGCUGCAAUGCAUAGACAUUCUAUGUGGUCAUCUUUGGCCGUUGAUAUUCUCCUAGGAAACUUGGUUGGCUGGUCACUGCUAUAUCAUGAAGAAUCAAUUUGCUUGUCGGGUUUGAACUUUAUCCAUUGGUUUGCCACUUUUUUGCGCUCCGGGUGUGUUUGGUUAAUGGGAAACCCCGCAGGCUUCAAAUUGAAUGCCGAACUGGCAGGUGUACUUGGUUUACUUUCUUUGAAUGCAAUCCAAGUAUGGUCAACACUCUGGAUCUUUGUGUGUUUCAUCUUCAAAUAUUUUAUUCGAGGACUUUCUAUAUUAGGAAUUCUUUGUGGAUUUACUAUACCUGCUUCUUUGAUCAUAGACAUGAUUGUGUUGGGAACCUUACAUGUUUCAACUCUUCAUUGGUUUAUUUCACUUAUAUAUUCAUCACAAAUACAGGCACUAGCAGCUUUGUGGCGGCUUUUUAGGGGUCGGAAGUGGAAUCCUCUUCGCCAGAGGUUGGAUAGCUUUGAGUACACUGUGAAGCAACAUAUUGUUGGAUCACUUCUAUUUACACCACUUUUACUUCUGUUACCAACUACUUCCGUUUUCUACAUAUUCUUUAGUAUUGUUGACACGACCAUUAAUCUCAUCUGCAUACUUAUUGAAGUUGCUAUUUCGGUAAUUCAUGCUACUCCUUAUAUCAAGAUAUUUCUUUGGUUGAUGAGACCAGGAAGAUUCCCUUGUGGAAUAUGGCUUGAAAUUUUUGGUUGUCAGAGUAAUCAUACCACUUCUACAAAUCAGGAUUUUACUGAUGAAAUAAACUCAUCUAAGGGAUCAUUGCAUCUAAAGGAUUUCAAUAGAGAAAAAUCUAGUACAUUGGUUUCAAUUCUCCACAGCAACUAUUUGAGCAUAGGAAAAGUUAUCUUACCUCACUUCAGAAAUGCAUUUUUGGGAGUUUCUGGGUCAUCCAUCUCCACAGUAGCUUAUGGAAUUCUCAUUGGGCAAAGAAUGCCAUAUAUGCAUGGAACUCUUCUUCCUUCACCAAUGCCAUGGAUGUCCCUGCCCUACAAAGAGUAUUGGCGCCUCUGUCAUGAAUCAGUUCUUGCCUGCUUCAGAUCAUAG